AUGUGAUUUUGUGUCAAGCCACUAAUCAAACAAAGGAACAUUUCAGACUUAUAAUCUAUAAAAAGGUUUUGUGUUGAAGACAAUGUCAUUCUUUUCUUACAAACAUGGCCAGGUCCCAUCAACUUCGAGAAAUGAAAGUUUAGAUGUAUCUAGAUUAAGGCCAUCAAACAAGUUGAAGAGAAACUGACCAAUCAAUGGAUUUAGUGGGAUUUGAAAUGAUAAUGUUGUGACAAGAUAUUACUAUGUUCACGUGUGGGAAGUGAUGCUUACCUAAAUUCUUGAUGGAAUAUAUUUAUCAGAUUCCGAUCCUAGAAAGAAAAAAUAGAAAUAAUAAAACUUGGAGAAUUUUAUAUUACCAUAGGAUUACUAAUGUUUGCAUCCGACACAUAUGUCCAUAUGCACAGUCAUUACGUGUUGGGUUUCUUAAGCAAUGAACUCGCAUGUCUUUCUAAAACUCGGAGUAGCAUAUAAGGCAAACUUGAAACAUAUCGUACCAAUUAUCAUAUUUAGUGUUGUAUUUUCUGGAAUAUUUACCAUGUCAAAUAGUGCUCCUAUUAAAGGUGGACCUUUACCUAAUGGGUUUUCUUUUCAUUCAAGUAGAAAUAUGUCGGACAUUUUAGUUCCAGAAGAAAUGGACAUAAAAAACGAAUAUUUAUUUUUACAUGCAAAUAACAAUAUGUGGUUAGAAAUUUUAAAAGAUGGAACAGUGAAAGCUAACACAUGUCCAACCAAAUACGGUGCUUUAGAAAGUGGCAGUCAUUCCGCUAAAUUAACAAGUAAUGGUAACAUGGCUGAUGCGAAAGAAGUGGCAGAUAAUGCCGCUGUGUAUCUUAGAGGUGUCGAAGCGGGGAAAUACUUGUGUGUUAGAAGUACCGGAGAGGUGUAUGCGUCUACAGAAUACAACAACACUGAUUGUGCUUUUAUACAGAAACCACAGUUUGAAACAACUGGCGGGAAAUAUCAUUAUUUCAAACAUCUACACCAUUUUAGUAAAUAUAAAAGACGAUCGCUACGUUUUAAAAACGGGAAAAGGAGAAAACAUCAUACAGUGCGGUUUCAAUUAGGGUUUACGAAGAAUGGAACAGUGUUCGUUGUUCAAAAACACUAUGAAAGGAAAGAAAAACACAAACCAAUGUUGAGUAUAAACAGAGUGAUGAAAGAAAUGCCAUCAAACUCUACUUGUGCAAAUCAAACUAAUCCUCCAAAAAAACCCAAAAGACGUUUUAAAUUCUGUCGGAAAGUGUGGAAAAACUAUUUUAGGUCUUCUAUAAAGGAUAUAAAGCGAUUUAGAAAAUACAAUUGUUGGGACAAAUUACGACAAAUGAGAAAACAAAAUCCCACGAUUACUAGUGAUACUGGGUGAAGCUAUAUACACAUUUUAUAGGUUUUUCAAAUUCUUGUCUCAAAACACAGAACGGUGCAAAACUACGUCCUCAGCGGCCAAAUGAUAUGCCGCCAUUGCAGAAAGAGGAAGCCGUGGUUGCGCAUGAGUCGAUAUUCCAGAGGAACCAUUUACAGUAUUUGUUAUUUAUUUGACACGAGUACAGUGACAGCGUCUCUAUUCUAUUAUCUGUGAUCAAACUAGCCUUAGUAUGUUACUCCAAAAGUCUCAAUAUCAUGUUCAUGAUAACUCAUUGUUUUUGUAAAUUGUUUACUCAUCUAUAUCAUCCAGGACAUUAUGGACAAUUCCUUUUAUGGAUAUUGUAAUAAUUAAAGAAACAGUGCAAUAAAACGACUGAAAUACAGGAAUAGCAAGAUGGCGGGUUAAAUACCUGAAGUAUUCAUACUUCUAAAGGCCUUCUGGUUAGGUCAUUCUUGUGGAGGAUUAUUUUGUAUGAAAGUCAGUAGUACAUGUAUAAUGAAAUUGUGCAUUAAUUUCUUGCACAAACAUGUGCACAAGUUCUUUACGAUGUGAAUUACUAAGAAACGUUGAUACACUUAACAAAUGAUUGUAAAUAUAUUUAUAAACAGCAUUUGAUCAUAAACAUGACUUCCCUGUAAGGGUUUAUAAAGAUCUGAACUGUCCACUGAUUAAUCAGGGGAAAAAAAUUAACCAAUAUUUGACACAACAUCUUUAUCUGAUGUCUAUGAACUCUAAUCUAACUGGGACCAAAUGCAAUACAUCAUUUUCUUUGUUUAACUUGUAUUUGCUUGUGUCAUUUCUUGUUUAAAAGUUUACCUCUUUUGACACAUGUAUUGUAAUUAACGCUUUUCCGACCAAAUUCAAUAUCAAUAUGAGUCGGAACAAAAUAAUAUUUACUAACUUGAAUAAAUACCAUUAGCAUGGGACGAACAGACAUUACCCACAUGUCUCCGUUCAUACUCUGCUUUAAGAUGCUAUAUAUACUUGUGUACAUUCCAUAUCAGUUCUCGUAGAUAUUGAUAAGCAUGUUUCUCCUAACUGUUGCUUUGUAUGACGUUGUCUUAAAGUUGCUUAGAAAGCAUUAUAUUCAAUUUUUUGGUGCUAUAUGUCCGUGUAUAGAGGUAGAAACUUCAAUUUAUUUAUUUAUUUAAUUAAAAGCCAGUAUCUGAAUACAGGCAGUUCUAUAAUACUCUUAUACACUUUGCUUGUUACGUUCAACAAAUUAACAAAACAAAUAUUUUUCGUUGACUAUUCAGGGACAUAAUUUUUGUAUGAUUUUGCCAUUCACUUUGUAAUAUUUCUUAUGUUGUCACAUGGGCUUCAGUCAAUUCAUGUGAAUUUAUUUUGUGAUACAAUUUAUCAUAAAAUUAUUAAAAAAUU